UUUUCCUUCAAGCCACUGCUUAUAUUGACGAUGGCGUCUACCUCCACUGUUGGCGCCAUGGCGCCCCCAGCGGGGGUUACCGCGGACUUUUCCCUCACCCGAACGACACUGCAGGAGAAGUUUAUUCUAGUCUAUUCCAUCACAUUUGGGCUGGCAUGCUUUCUUCUCUUGCUACGAUUAUAUACGCGUGUGUUUGUUGUUCGCUCAGUGGGACUUGAUGAUUACUUUGUGGUGGGCUCUGUAGUAUUUUCAGCUGGUUUCUUUGGGCUAUGUGUUGAAUCAAUGAAGUAUGGAUUUGGAAGACAUCUUUGGAAUGUGUCUGUUGCUUCUCUUGAAAUAUAUUUAAAGUAUUUAAUACCUAUUGUGAUCACCUACACCUGGACGCCAUUCUGCACAAAGCUCUCUAUCCUAUUACUGUAUCAUCGACUCAACCCAACCCCCAAAUUUCGGUAUUGCAUAUAUGCCCUCAUCUUCAUUAUUACCGGUUACACCCUCGCCACGACAUUCGCAACAGCCGCAGGUUGCAACCCCACACAUUCCGAUCAGACGCCCUGCAUCAACAGCCUGGCGCUGUGGUUGGCGAUCUUGAAUAUUGCCACUGAUUUUCUGAUGCUCUUCCUGCCCAUUCCUAUGCUUUGGACGCUGCAUUUGCCGGUGAUGCAGAAAGCGACUUUGGCUUUGAUUUUUGCCAUUGGAUCAACUUCUGUGGUCACCAGCAUUAUCCGGAUCACAUAUAUCAUGGAAAUUUUGCACAAGGCGGAUUUCACCUGGUCAGAAGCCACGGUGUGUGUCUGGUCAGCCAUCGAGUUGAAUUUUGGGGUGAUGUGCAACUGUCUCGCCGUCCUUAAACCGUUUGUGCGCACACACCUUCCCAUGUUGUUUCCCUCGACCCCCACCGACGAAGAGGACCGAUAUCCUCGUUCCCAUUCCGGCGCCCGUCGGAAAGCGGAUCGCGCCGGAUCGCAUCCAUUGUCGUCUCUGGAUAAGAUCAACCGCUCAACCGAACAUGACCAUGGGGAAUCCUCAGACCCGCCUGUGUAUCAGACGCACCACGGGAUAGUUGUCACCAAUAGCUACCGGGUCGAGGCAAACCGCGGGGAUACGGAGAGCACCAAGAACUUCUUAGGUUCCACAGCUCAAGAAUGAAUAAACCUGGAGUUUGUUCCUG